AUGGACAUCCCAGACUUGGCAUGGUUUAAGGUACUGCUUUUGGUUGCAAAGCACUCCUUUGAAGAUUUGUACAGCAUGGCGGGGACAUGCAAGUUAUUUGAAGAAAUGCUGAAUGAUCCUGAGGUUUGGCGAACCGUGUCUGUAGAGAAGUAUCAGUGGCAUCUUGAAUGGUACGGGUUUUAUCAAGAGAAACUUGUUGAGUUCUUGCAAAAGUGCAAGGAACACAACAAUCCAGAAAUCAUUUACAGAGAAGCUGUAACUCAAUUCUUUAUAUUCAAAGAUGAUGAGGCUGUUAACAACUUCCGGGUGGCGGUUAAGGCAGGGCAUAUGGAAUCGUCCUACAUUGUUGGCUUGUGA